AUCACUAUUGCGACGCCAUUUUCGCUUGUAUGAAGUAUUGUUUCUCGACGUUGUCGUUUUUAAUUUCUGGUAAAACAAAUUUAAAUAAAGUUUUACACCUAAAAUAACCUAGUUAUUUGGAACUUGAUAACUCAAGCUUUGUGGAUAGCUAAGUUUUAAAAAAGUGUCUAAUACACUCACAGUGAUAUCGUCUGCGCGGGAAAUGUUUCUACGUUUCUUUUAAUCCUAUACAAAUGCCUGUAGAAAAACAUUUGGUAUAUUUGUGUUUUUAUUAGGUUAUUUUAACAAUGAUUUCAUUUAAAGGACGAGAAAGUAAAAGAGGACGUAUUUACAAAAUGUCCAGAAAUUUAGAACGUUUAUAUCGAGAAGGAAAAUGUCGAGAAUGUAGAGUUCUUGUGACUCGAAUGGACUUCGCUAAAAUCCUGGGUAAAUUUACUAAAGUAAAAAUUCAGUAUGAAAGUAGUUCGUCAUCCAAGCCGAAAAAGAAUGUCGACUCUCUUUCGGUAAAUACAAAUUCUAGGUCAAAGUGCAGUGAGAAUGGAAUUACUCCAAAGAAUAGCUACAAAAAGCAGCCUACAAAAGCAUUACGGACCCCGAAAAAUCCAAAGGUAAAUGAAGUUAGCGUCGAUACAGAUUCAGUAAUUCCCGAAUGUGAUGAAUCUAAAAAGACUCAUCCUCCAAAUAACAUACUUAAGGAAAAUAAUGGAUUGUCAAAACAGUUAGUUAGUGAUAAAAGCUGCAACUAUGUUAAACAAGUGAGUUCGGGCUUAAAAGAAUAUGGAAUUAUAUUUACUUCCCCAACAAUGAACAACAACAACAAUAAUAAUGAUUUGAAAAACAAAUUAUCUUUGCUUGAUUUAUUACCUAAUCUAAAUAAAAGUAUAUUGCCAUCAGAAGAUUGGCACAUGGACUACUUUCCUAAAAAUGAAGAACCCAAAGAUGAUAAAGUAUAUGAUCGCAUAGCUGCAGAAUUAGAAGACUUAAUGUACAAUGAAAAACCAAUAGAAAAGUUAAAAUCAGAAGGGUCUGAAGUGAAGGCUGAAGAAUUUCCUUCUAUAAUGGAUAUACUAAAUGACAAUGUAACAGAAAAAAACCCGGAAACUGUUCAAAAGGAAAUUGAACAGAGUAGUUCUGAACCAUUUAAAGACAACAUACAAUCAAAUGAUGUAGAAGCAAUGCUUUUAGGAAAAACAAAUGUUGAAAAAGACUCGGAACCAAUUGCAAUGGAGGUUGACAGCUCUGAUGUCAGCAAACUAAUAGAAGAUAUGGAUCAAUUUAACAAUAUCACUGACAGUAGUAAGGAUAAAGAUGAGAGUUUGGUAAAAUCUGAAGAAAAACCAUUCACUGAACUAUCUGAUACUUUAAUAAAUCCAAACAGUCCCUCAAUACUUGAUGAGGCAUUAAAAAAGGGUAUUGAAGAACAUUUACCGAAUGAAAAUCAGCAGACAGAUUCUUCAGAAGUGAGUAAUCCCGUGGAAAGUGAUAGUAAGGAAGACAAUAAAAGCAUUCCUCAUAAUGACUUAAAAUUGACUCAACUUGAUGUGAAUGUAGUUGAAAAUGUAUCUGAUACAAUUGAACAAAAUGUCACCAUUUCUAUUCCCGAAAGAACAAAUAUAACACAUGUUGUGUUUAAAAAAAUGUUAGAUAACAAAUGUUUAAAGUCAGUCACAUGUCCGAAAAAUUUAAAAUAUAACAUUGAGCUAGAGGGAAAACCUGUUGAGUUUAUUGGAGCACCUAAAUACAUUUCAAGCUUAGAAGACUUACAAGUAUUACUACAAAUUGUGAAUGAAAGUGAACUAGGAAGCUUGUAUGUCUUUCACUGAAUUGUUUAUCAACAGAUCAAACACUUGGACGUUUACUGUAUUUAUGUGCAUUGAUAAUAGGGUAUUGUUAACAUUUUGUUUAAAUGUUGAAUUUAAUUAAUUGAUGGUGAAAAAAGUCUAAGAUUUAAUGUAUAAAUAAAUUAAGAGAAAAUUGCUUCGCAAUACAACUGAUUAUUCAAUUUUGAAUAAAAAUAUAUUGUACAAUAUUUCUAUAAUAUAUAUUAUAUAGAUUAUUACUAAAAUAUCUGUUUCUAGAUCCUCAUGACCACCUUUACUUCAAGUUAAACAGACAGGUAAUAGAAGACUAGAAUAUUUCUAGACUAAGAUUUUGCAUUACUAUAUUGUAAUUUUUUUAUUGUUGCUUUAAAAGCUAUUUCCAUUGACUCUUUAGCAUUAAAAAAAUUAAAGAAAAAAAUAUUACAAAGAAACUUAUAAAAAAUAGGCAUAUGUAUGUACUAAAUGUAAUACAUAGAGCUGAUGUUAAUCCACAUAAAAUAUGCUAGUUGUAAUUUUAAGAGUAUAUAUUAAAAGGUAAACAUAACACGAGGUAAGUAAUAUAAACUUAUUCACAAAUAUCUAGAUGAAACCAUGCAUUUUAGCAAUUCGGUAGUUUUUUGUAUUUAUUUCUCUAUCUUUAAUGAAAUUAAAAUAGAAUAUAUUGAUCUUAAUGUGUGAAAUAUAAAAAAUUGCUUUUUAUCUAUUGUAGUCAUUGUUAAGGUACAGGUGAGAACAAAACAAUUACAAAAUG